AUGUCCGGCUAUACGGUGGUAAAUAUAUUCGUACUAUCGCUGGUGCUCCAAAGCCUGGCUGAGAAUCUUUGCAGACAGGAUCUCUGUCCCAAAGGAACCACCCAUAUAGCGUGUCAGAAUGUAAACGCAUCCUUUGGCAGCUCCUGUCCCAAAGAUGCCAGCGUGAUUAAACUGAAUCUCAAGGAUAAGAAACUACUGCUCAGGGCCCACAAUUUGGUGAGACAAAAGUGGGCUAGUGGCAAGGCUAAGAUAAGGCGGCCCGCCUGCAAAAUGGCCAAAAUAGAAUGGAGUAAGGAACUGGAGAAGUUGGCGCUCUUGAAUGCCAAAACCUGUGUGGUGGCGCAUGAUGGGUGUCACAACACCGAGCAGUUUCGGCAAUCUGGCCAGAAUCUCUUUGUGGCCACAUAUUCGCUUGGGAUGAAUGUGACGUCAGCGGUGCUCCUCGAGACGGCAGUGGCGGAGUGGGCAGGCGAGGAAAAGGACAUUGCCGCCGAGGAUCUGCAGAAAUUUGACGCUAACAAAGUAUCAUCGAUUGGCCACCUGACCGUUUUGGUCAACGAGCGCAGUUCUGCUGUGGGCUGUGGCUUGGUGUCCUACAAGAGGACUCAAUUCAAGCAAUACUACCUGGCCUGCAACUACGCGUAUACAAAUGUGGUUGGUGAGCCCGUUUACGGCGAGUGCGCGAAGGCCGGCAGUGGGUGCCCAAAGGGCAUUGACCCCAUUUAUGCGCCGCUCUGUGUUGCUCUGUAAAUGCAAAUGCUUAAAUACAAUUCAAUCUAAAUUAUA